AUGGUGUUCAGCAAUGUGAUUGUUGGCGUCACCAUUCCUCGUCGUUCGUUUGUGUUCGGUCGGUCGCGUGCUAAGGUUUUUGCUGGUUUCACCAAUGUAAGAAGCCUGGCAGUCGCAACAUUUGAUCUUGUAUACUGCUCCCUCUCUGUCCUCCGGUUUGUCUUUGUCCUUGACAUUAGUAAGCAGUCGUCGUAAAGUGGUUAUCGGUUUGUGUGCAACACGUAUAUUGUAAGGUUGUAGUAUACGUGCGAUAGUUUCAGAGGUGCCUCUGAUGUACGGUAUAGUCGCUGUCGUAACAUUGCCAGAGUUGACGUUGGUCUGAGUGUUGGAAUCAGUGUUACUGUGAGUGUUCCGUUUAACAAAGUCCGUGUUGUAAUUGUUCUUACUAAAAACGUUGUUAAGAUAAUCAGUCUCGUGUUGUAGGCUGUCAGGUGAGUCGUAAACUAGUUGCGCUCGUCUCGUCAAAGUCCGGAUAGUAGUAGGCUUGAUUUUGUUUUCCACAAAUUUGUUUUCCAGGCCUAAUCUACUGUGAUCAAGAACCAUUACGGUUAAUAAGGCGUUCCAAACUAAAUCGUCCUUUUCCAAUUAAGCAAAUUCCGCUAAAAAAGGGCAAAUAAGCCUGUUAGACAGCAAAAUUUCCGACAGAAUACUGGAGAUCAAGGGUUUCUUACAGUAACUAAGGAACACACAGUUGAAAACUAGACUAUUUCAUUAAAUUUCUAGCGGAAGGUACAGUUUUUUUGACAUCUAAAAGAACAAUUUUUCGGCGGACUGCGUUUAAAUGUCAUCUUAUACAAAGAAAACAGGUACGAAACCGUCGGAACCCUGCACAACACUCAAAGAAUACCAUACAAAAGCGUUAUAAAACGCGGAACCCUUUUUUAUUCCGUUGAUAGAAGCGUGUUGGUCGUCCUUCUCAACAAAACAAAUUUUCGUGAUAAGUAGAAAUAAAGAAGGCUUCGUAAUAAGCAGAAAUAUUAUUUGGUGUUAAGUAAAUUGCGACUAACAGCCAGGAAAUUAAGCGCUGUUAUCUUUAUUUUUGAGUCCGAUUUUCGGACCCCACAUUUUUCUUUCAGUCCACCAUUUAUGGGUCGUGGACGACGAUGGAUAUUUUUUGAGUCUGAUUUUCGGACCCCAAAUUUUUCUUUCAGUCUACCAUUUCUGGGUUGUGGACGACGAUAUGGAUGAAUAUUUUUUUAGUCCGAUUUCGGACUCCAAAGUUUUCUUUCAGUCUAUUAUUUCUGGCUUGUGGACGACGAUGGAUAGUUUUUUUGGGUCUGAUUUUCGGACCCAAAAUCUUUCUUUGAGCCUACAAAUUUAUUGAUAAGAGCUACGAUCUCAGGUGUAUUUUGUGCUUUUUUGGCGUUACCAUAGUAACGGUUUAUAAGGAAACUCUGUGCAUGGGGUCUAACGUCAAUAAUAACGGAUGUUUUGACUUCCGCAACAAAUAUACAUUGCCGAUGUACUUAGAAUGUGCUUCCAAUUGAUAUUUACUAAUUCUCGAGAACCGUUUGUAUAAGAUUUUUUACAAAUUUGCAAAUCAAACCAUUCCAUUGUCUUGUAACGAAUCAAGAUAGUUGUCAUAAUUGUCUCUAAACCCUAUUUUCCUAUUGGUACCAAUUAAAACCUUUGAAAAAUCAUGUCUUAAAGAUUAAACGUUGUUCAAAGAUGAAACUAUGGAAAGUCAUGAACCUUUAUAAGCUCUUUUAGAACAUUUUCGCGAAAUGAUCCUUGUUUCCAUGGCAAAGGUUGCUAAGAUGCGUUUUUUGUAAGCAAUGCCCCUUUUAAAGAAGAUCGAACAGAGAUAUGGGUUGAAUAAGAAAAAUGAAAUAUAUUUUUUUUUACCGGUUUGAGGAAUGCUGAAUGACUCCCUAAACUUUUUCCUCAUAUGCCUAAAGAUACAAUCAUUUGGCUAAAAUGUGAUACAGUAUCAACACAAACUACUCGUUAUAGGUAUUUUUUUAGUGUGUUUCUAGAAAUGUUAAUCACUGCACAAUCUUUAGUAAAGAUCUUGGAUACAAAUACAUAUGUUUUGAAACGGUAUUGUUAUAUUUGACGUUAUUAUUAUCUCUGUGUCUUGAGAGGGUGUUUGCUUUCUUUCAUGAGUAUUGUACUGAAAAUUUAAUACAAAAUUAUUGAAAUACUUAAUUUUUAGUUGCUUAGUUUUGCUCUUAAAGCUUUUACAAUCAACUUUUAUGUGGGUUAUUUUUUCCUUAAAUUCUCUUAAGUUUAUUUCUUAUCCAUUCCGCCUUUCCAUUUCCAUGAUGCCUUUGAUGCAUAUCCCAAAUUGCUUUGCAAGUAGCAUCCGCCAUUUUAACUGCGGGAAUGAUUUAAUCUUCAAAAGGUAAGAAUUAUUUGUUUUUUUGCUUCCAUUUUGCUACUUUUAAUCGCGUUAAACAAUAUUUUUUAUUGUUGAGGUGCUAGGUGUAGGUUAAAAGAUUUUUCAUCGUUGAUUAGUUGAUUAUUUUAAUGAGCUCAUGAUCUAAAGAAAAUUGUUCUUUAUAAUCUCUGUAAGUUUUUUGUGAAAAUGGAAAACAAUAGUCCUUGUUUUUAUAACCAAUCCAAUCUUUAAUUAUAAAUUGUAAAGCAAUUACCCUUUUUAGAUAUACAUAUACUGUAUAUAUAGAGAAUUCCCCGGUGUGCUUGCUUUAGUAACACUUGAAAACAUUUUGUCGGUAAAAUUGUGAUAGAUAGUUUUCCUCCUCUAAAAUAUUAGAUAUGGCGGAUUCUGAAGAUGAGGCACAAGAAGCCAAGAAGGGAAAAGUAGAAAGGACUUCCAGGUCCACAUAUGAAAGUGUAGACUGGCCAAUAUGUAUAUUUUGCCAAAAAAAGAAGUACAAAGGCGUAAAAGAGCUUAUAAGUGUUGCCAGCUUUGAUUCUUGUCAAGCGAUUGUAGAUGCUGCCAUUGCUCGUGAUGACCAGCGAUUGCUUAUAAAUAUCAAAGGCGUUGAUUUCAUAGCGAAAGAAGCGAAGUAUCAUGGAAAAUUUCGAAGCAAAUAUGUCAGUAAGACAAACCCAAAAUGUCUCAGAUACAAGGAAGACAAUGAAGAGGAGGAGGAGUGUGUAUAUUCCGCAGCGGUUGCUAUGUUAGUGGAUGAAAUUACUCCUGGAUUAUCUGAAGGAAAGAUUUAUGACAUGAGCUAUUUGCUAGACCGCUAUAAGCAGGUAUUGAAAGUCAAAGGCACUUCUUGCAGCAAUUAUCGCAGCGAAAAGCUCAAAAGAAGAAUGAGCGGCCAUUUCUUAGACCAAAUAGUCAUCGAGAAGCUGAAAGACCCUUCGAAGCCCGAAUUAAUUUAUUCCAGUCAUUUUUCAGUUACAGACAUAGCAAAAACAUCUGUCUCUCAGCAUUCCAGUGAAAAUUUUGAAGUCGAUGAGGACAUGAGACAGGAAAUGGAACAGGAUAAAGCUACCAUUUUGUACCAAGCAGCACAGAUAAUAAAGAAUGACAUCAAACAGUGCAAUGGUAUUUCAAUCAAGCCAUUGUGUGUAUACGAUGUGUCCAUAGAGAAGGGCAGGUGUCUAAUACCGGAAAGCCUUUACAGUUUUCUUUCAGAGGUUAUCUCUAGGCAAGACAAAAAAGCUACUAACGUGUCGGAUGGAUCUACUCUUAGUGCUGAGAAAGGAAGACGCGUAGUUAUGCAAGGUAAGGAUAUAAUUCAUGCCGCGUCCAAUAGUCAGGUGAAAACAUCGAAACACAUAGGUUUGGCAGUCACCGUACAUCAUUUAACAGGGUCUAAGGAAGUCGUUACUUUGUUAAACAGAAUUGGGCACUGCUCUUCAUAUGAUGAUGUCGAAAUCGUAAGCACAGCGUGGGCAAGAGAGAUGGAGGCACGGAGCCAACAAACUAGAGUAGUCAUCCCAUCAAACAUUACCGCCGGCCCAUUUUUCCAAUUCGCUGCCGACAAUAAUGACUUCAAUGAGGAAACUCUAGAUGGCAAACAAACCACACACGCCACAACGCUAGUAGUGUAUCAGCGUCAGCCCUUUGGACCCCAACUUCCACCGAAGAUCCAGGCCGACCACUCCUCUAGGAGACGAUCUUUAGAGCAGUCAGUUCAGGGUCAACUCAUGCACGAGUGCAGUGUGCAUGGUAAGCGUCCUGCCUUGACCUCAUUCGUAGGAAGGGCAGAAGAGAGCUUUGAAUUAAGAGAGGAUUGCACAACAACUUAGAUUGUAAGAGAACUGGCAUGGUUUCUGCUCAGGCUCAAUAGAAAAAACGUAUUGAAGGCCGAUGAUACCUAUGGAGAGCAAUCAGUUUCCGAAUGGAGCGCAUUCAAUGUCGAAAUGUCUUCCAUCACGUUCCCUCGUACCGUCAUUGGGUACUGCCCGAUGAUUGCUGGAUCGCCAACAGAGUACAGUACCAUCUAUACGGUACUUAAAACAGUGCAAGAAAUGUCCAAACAUCUCCAGCAGAGCACUGCAGUAAUCACAUUUGAUCUGGCAAUUUAUUCCAAGGCAAAGGAAAUCCACUGGCGUUAUCUAGAAGAGUUCCAAAACCUGGUGAUUUGCUUAGGGGGAUUUCACAUUGCCCUCAAUUAUUUGGCCUUGAUCGGAAAGAUGUUCCAGGAGAGUAGCUUAGAGGAUGUGUUUAUAGAGUCUGGCCUCUACGGAUAGAGCUCUACUAUGACACUAUUGCAGGACAAAUCGUGUAACAGGGGAAUUAGAGGACGCAAAUUGAUUAUGGAGGCACUACUGCGUUUGAAAUGAGACGCAUUUUGCUCCUGGGUUAGUAAAGGAGGAGGUGGAGAAGUCGAAAGGGAAUGAGGUCCGAUUCUAAAUCUUGUUGACUCUGUCAUAGAGCGCUACAGAACAGCAACAACAGCUGAGGAGAAGAAAGAGACCUAUUUGCUCCUUUGUAACACCGCCACUCGCGUUGAGGACUUAUUGACACGGUUUAAACAAGAAACGUCAUCGAAACUUUUCAAGUUUUGGGACAAGUACAUCGAGAUGAUUCUCCUUCUCCUAGAGUUCAUUCGAGAAGAACGAGAGGGUGACUGGGAGCUACAUCUAAAGGUUACAACAAAGAUGAUUCCUUAUUUUUUUGCAAUGGAUGGCUUGAAUUUAUCCCGGUGGCUACCCGUGUAUAUUGUGGAUAUGCGCAGUCUGCAAGAAAAAGCUCUAGAUGUCUACAACGAGUUCCUUAGAGGAAACCACACUUUCAGCAGGUCAACGUCACAGUCAUUUAACCAAGUCUGGACGGACAUAGCUCUCGAACAGAGCAUUAACCUUGACAGUAAAACUAAAGGUGGCGUAAUCGGUAUUACGCAAAGGCCAAGCGCUCUCCAAAAAUGGUUUUUGACAGCACACGAGAGAACAGCAACCACGACUGCUACCAAAAGGAUGAUAGAUUUGGAUGAAUCUACAAGAAGUUCACACAAGGAAUCAUCAAAAGUCACAGUUCAAAGAGACGAAAAUGACAUCAAGAAGGUCAUACACACUCUGCAGACAGUGAUGUCUAAUCCGUUCGAUGAAGAUGCGUACAGAGAGGACGUUCCACUAAUGAACCUUGCUACGGGAGUAGUUAUGCUAGAGGAGAUAUCAGAGCAACUUGUUGAUGCCCAAUGUCUAGGAGCAGCGAGGAUGGAGUUAUUUGUGAGCAUGCGUAUCAAUACCAAUGAAGUUGCGUUUUGGGAACCGAUGGAAAAGAUGAACAUAAAAACCUUUGCAAGUUUGUCAAAGAAAGCAAAGGUUAAGUCCGUGGAUGAGAAGCUUGUAACAGUAAACGCGGACAACUUAACUUGUUUGGGCGGCUUUUGAUAGCUUCACAGUCAAGGGAUAUCGACUUGAGAGAAGUGUUAAAGUACUAGCUGGACUCUGUCCCUUGGGCACUGGCUCAUCCUGAUGGAUCGUUACGGAAAACUACUAAAAGUGUGUUCUUGGGGAUACUCGAGGAACAAGUACAAGCGCUACCUAGACUACCAGUAGAUGACAGAAUGUCAACUGCGUAUGUCAUAGAUGGCAUGGCAGUGGUGCAAAUGAUGAAGAACGCAGGCUCGGCCACGUUUGGAGAGCUUGCUAACAAGUACUUCCAGUUGAUAACCGCGCAUCUCGGAAAUAAUGGCUGUAAUCGUGUGGAUGUAGUUUUUGAUCGCUAUGACAAGGAAGACUCGAUCAAGGAAGCAGAGCGUGCUCGAAGGGGAUCAUCAUCAAGCUUUGAGGUGCGAAUAUCGGGCCCAUCCACUCCAGUUCCCGAGAAGUGGCAAAACUUCAUCUCCAACACUGUGAACAAGACCAACCUAAAGGCGUUUCUUGGGAGUACGUGGAAAGAGAUGGCAAAGACAAGGCUUGCAGGGGACCAGAAAUUGGUGUUGGCAGGGUGUUUCAUUCACAGCGAUGACACGUUCGCUGUCACUCAAAAUCAAGAAACUCCUUUGCUUCAUUUAUCAUCCGAUCAUGAAGAGGCUGACACGAGAAUGCUUUUGCACGCAAGUGACUGUUCAAAACUGCUAAGAUGAUAAAAAUGGCUUGGGUUUCAGCGGAUUUAAUCAGCAUUGAUAACUGGUCGAAGUGAAUCAAAUAUACCAGUUGAGACUGUUUUGGAAUUUAACAGUUGUCUAGCCUGGUAUCAGGGGCACCCAACGAGGAUAUAGUUCAAAACCACUAAACAUAGCAUUGUUGAACGUAGCUUAGUAUUCAAACGGUAGAUAUAGGGAUAUGUUUAUCCCCUAAAAACUUUUCAUCUGUUCGGAUCUCCUAGCUGAAAGUCGAGUGAUCCGAAAAUUAUAGGGAUAAAAACUUACCUUCUCGAAAACUUUAGCCAGGAAAAGGCUCCCGAAAAUUCUAGGUGGCCUUUUUUAGGGUCAAAAUCCGUUAAAAAUGGGUAAUUAUACCAUUUUGUCGAUGUUCGAAAAUCCUAGGAGAGGCAGGCAAGCAAGAAAUUUUACAACAAAUGCUCCGAAAAUUCUAGAUCUCAAAUCGUCUUCCGAACAGAUAUUUUCCCGAAAAUUGCCGUUGGGUGCCCCUGUGGUAUUAACGCGAGAUCAGUGUAAACCAAUUCCUCCGGCUGUCGACUGUUGACCGGAAUCGCAAAGAGGCCUGCUAUCGCAUGCGAGGCACUGAAGUUAUGUCGCCUGAAAAUUAUAGUUAUGCCACCGGAAUAUUUAUUAUCAGACGUAUUAUUUUCAGAGAGAGAAUUGGCCAACGGCAACACGGCAGAAACUUUUGGUUUCAAAAAGCUUAAUGAAGAAAAGAUUCGAUUUCUGUCGUCAAUCUUGCGCCAUAAGUUUGAUUAAAAACAGACGGCAACCACAACAAAGAGGAUGAUUACGGAAUUUGGACAAUAAGACUGAAGCAUACGCAAUGAAAUAUUUCAAGAAGAACAAAUUUGCAUACUUUGUUUAGAUACCGGUUUCGCUUUUUCUGUUUCUGAUUUUGCAAUGCUAAUAAAGUUCUACCCAAAUCCAGUAGGUCCCACCGUUCAUUGCUUAUACUUUUCAAGUGACAACGUUUUUUCAAUCAGAUACUAUCGCUGCGGUCGCUGAGGUAGAACUUUUUCUUUCUUGAUAGUUACCAAAAAAGGGUGCCGUUCAUAAUCAUUUACGAUUCCUUUUUGUAGAGGAAAUAUAUUUAGCUCAUAAGUAACAGGCCUUGCGUGCUUUUGCGCACACUGAACCGUGUUGUGCUUUUUCGCACGGAUCUUUUGUUUGAAAACUUUAACACGCUCUUUUGUUCGACUUGCUCACGCUUAAUUGUCUCAAGCGUGUCCUUUGAAACAAAAGAAAUUGCUAAUGAGGCAAGAUUGCAAGGGUGCUAAAGCGUGUUAAAAUAAAUUCUUUUGUUUUAAAGUGAAAGCGGGUCGUGCGCGUGCUUUCACCUUUAGCAUUAAAAUCCUGUGGAGGGUCACAUUUGUCGCGGAAGUCAAAACAUCCGUCAUUAUUGACGUUAGACCCCAUGGACAGAGUUUCCUUAUAAACCGUUACCGUGGCAACGCCAAAAAAGCAAAAAAUACAUCUGAGAUUGUAGCUCUUAUGGAUUAACACGCGUCGGCCAAAUACUAACCCAUUUGCCCAGUUAAGUAAAAAGAUAUGAUUUUUCAAAGUUUUAACCCUAUACGAAAAUGAUGAAAUUUGAUGCUUCAAAAUACCCCCCACCCCCCUCAGAAAUCGCAGCGUACCAAGUCAGUGACCCCACAAUUUGUAGAUCCGAAUGUCGAAUAAGUGAUCUGUGGGUAUUUGGCUAUCAGCAUCUGUUGUCAAACCUUUUGUGUGGUGGGGGUGAUACGAUGUUGUAUUUUUUCCGGCCUAUGCUCCUCGACUAUAAGGUCUACCAGGCAGACAACCCGUGGUCAUGCCAGAUCUAAAGCCAUAUUGAUAAGGUACCAAAAAAGAUUAACUAAAGACUGCACCUCUCAAAAUGUGCUAGCGGUCGAAAUACAUAUCUCAACUGCAGCAGAGUAUAAUAAUGACAGGUGUACCUUAUCAUAGCCGAAGGAUAUUCAUGAUCGCUCAAAAAUUUUAUUUAAUGCUGAAACUACAGAUUGGGGCGAUAGUUAUUGCAUGAGGAACGAGAGCGUUGUUUAAAGGUAUAACUUCGCCACUUUGCAAAUUAUCUGGAAAUAUGCCAUGUUCAAGUGACAAAUUUAUGAUAUGUGUCAGCGGUCGACUAGCUUAUCAUAGCCGAAUGAUUUCCUGGUGUCGAUACAUGUACUGUCUGAAGCGAAAGGUUGAAUUUUUCCUUUUCACAUAGGUUGAAAACUGGCGAUCCGCUUCAGGCAAUUUAGAUGCAAGUUCAGUUAAAAUAUUGCAUAAGUACUUGUUAAUAGCAAUUGAUAAUGAAGAUGGUUGCUGAAGAUUUUUAUCCUUAACUUUCAAAUUGUCAAUUUUCGAUGAUGGCUGUUUUAUAUUAAUUAUUAGGUUAUUAUCGCACAUUUUCUUUGUUUCCGUGGAGUCCUAAUAAGUGCACCAUCGUAGUAUAAGGUUCGAAGGGCUUUAAUCUGAUUGAGAGAAUUGUGUUUCGGUAAAUUUUUAUGUUGAUUGUAAAAAUAAAUAUUUCAAGUUGUCAGCCAUUUUCUAUAGAGCCCUUCGCGAACUUUAAUUGAUUUUAAAAACUUAAAUUGAUCUUACGAACUUCAAUGUGCACUUUACGAUCUUUAAUCUACACUCCUCCAAGAGAAGUGGAGCGAGCGGCCGUUAGGUGGCUAGCGAAGCGAGUUUACUAUUUUGACGAGCGCUCAGCGAGUGGAUCAUGCUAGAAUUGCAAGCAGAGUGUGAUUUUACUUUGGUCAUAAAUAAUUCUUUCUAUUGGUUUGGUAUCCGCAGUUGCCUAGCAACAAACCAUAAACAAACUCUAAAAGACGCCAUUCAGCAUGACGUACGUUAUCGUGUAUUUUGGGUUUCCAGGCAUGACAACGACUUGGGAUAAUUUCAGUUUACUGUACGUUGGCGAAUCGCAAAGUAUUUCUGAGGCAUAUAACAGCGGGCUGCAAACACAGCUCCGCAAGGUUCAAACAGUGUGAAUGGCAGAGAAAAAUACUUUAAGGCCAUUUUAUUUUUAUGAAACAACCCAUAAGUUAAUCCUUAAAAGCAAUUAGCGUAACACUAACUGGAUCAUCCGGAGAUCCGUUCACACAAAUUAAAUUGGCUAAGGACAUAAGAAAAUCAACAUAAAAUCAAUUUCAAAUUGGGGCACAUUUUGUUUUUUUUUUUACGUCGUGGUCAAAAUGCAGAAAACGUCCAUAAAAACUUUAUAGGUACAAAAAUUCUCUUUUAAAAACGUACUUUCCUUAACCAUAGAGUACAUGACAUACCUGAAGCUUCUUCAAACAUCUCGCUGCCUUGGUUGGUUUAAAACAGGGCGUAAGAAGCUUAGCUGUGAUGCACGGGUCUGGGUACUACCGAAGAGACUAAACAAUAUGGCGGACAUUAUACUGGACCGUCAGAGAGAUUAUCCAGCGGACGUUAGCCAUUAUCCUGUGGCAUUCAUUUCUGCAAGCAAUAGCGAAGGAACAAAUUAUGUUUUCUCACUUCCGUUUUCUGUUUUGUUUAAUUUUUUUCCUCAAGAACAAAUAUCUGUAUUGCAUAUUGUUUCACCUCCGUGAACUGUAAAUUUCGUGCCUUGGUAAGAAAAUGACAUCACAACUCAGAUGAUAGCUCUGACAUUAUUUUUAGACUAAUAUUAUCGGUUCUCUGCUUCAGUUUAUUAACGAGUUGUGUAAUUCACCAUCUGCUAUAUAUAUAUAUAUAUGGCAUUUAUUUUAUGCUGCCCAGUUUCAAGGCUAGAUGAUCUGUUUUCACUAUUAAAGUUUGGAUUUGUUGGUGUACAUCAGUAUUCUUCUCUAAACAACUUAUUGAGCUAUCUCCAAUAUUGAGCAUUGCAGUUGGACAGAUUGAGAAAACUAAAUUCCUGGUAAAUUUAAAAUAUCAUAAUAUCAUCAUUAGUUUUUUUAUCUUGCACCCUAAUACUACUGUGCAAUGAAGAAUAAGUAUGUGAAAAAAAAAUUCACUGCCCUUGAAAACCCAACAAAGAGGUUGCAAGAACACAAGUAACUAGCCCAGCAAAUAUUUUUGUUUGAUAAUAACAGCUUUUUGUAAUGAAAUGGUCACUGAAAACUACCCAUGCAAGACAUACUAAGAAACUUAAAAGAAACUAAGCAUUCACUAGUCUUACAUUGAAACCAAACAUUGCUAGGAGAUACAUCUUACAGAUGCAACAUAAACCAUGUAUGUAACAUACAAAUUCAAAAGUAUAUAAUAUGCAAACAAGAAAAUUAUACAGAAUUAUGCACAAAUGAAGUAGAAAUGACCUGUAACACCUAUUAAACCAUUGAAAAACAAACUUGUUAGUGUGACCAGCAACCCUAGCACACUUGCACUUCAUGUCCAGUAUGAUUCAAUUUCAUUAUUGGUUAAAUUUAUUAACUGCAGCCAGGCUUAAUCAAACUUGACUCAAAAAUACUUUUCUGUUUUCUUGUAACUACAAUAUAUAAUAUUAAGAGAGAGAGAGAGAGGGGGAGAGAGAGAGAGAGAGAGGGAGAGAGAGGGAGAGAGAGAGAAAAAGAGGAUAUAAUGCUAGGACAAUCAAAAGAUAACGCACCUCCAGGAAAUCGAGUUGGUCUCUAGUCUACUAUUCUUCAUUCAUUUUCUUUUAAUCUCUAUACUCUCCAUUAAUACAGACAUUUUUUGCCAGUUCCAAUAGUUUCCAUCUGAGAGCUGACUGUGGUUUGUGUUGUUUAUGUAAAGACUGUCACACGAGAUAAUUCGAAUGCAAUUUUCUAGAAGAACGUUAAAAAUAGUCAGAACCUUCUUGGGUCGCGGUUCUGUUACUAACUAAAAUUAUUUACCAUCAUAGUGUAUACUGAAAAAUGGAAAAUCGCUAAAUCGGGCGACUGAAAUGUUUUAUUUUACUAACAAGCUAAACGCUAACGUACAAAAAAACCCCUUGCUAUCGCCAUAAAUAUAAUUAUAUGAAGUCGUCACUUCAGAAGUGAAAAAACCUUGAAGGUUCAUGAAAGUUCACUCUAAAAAUUUGCAUACACAAACAAAAUUUAUAAAACCAUUACAUAUUUUUUUUGUGGCCGUUUAUUGUCAUUUGGUUUUGACUGGCAAGAUAAAACGCGACCGUCAACCUGUAAUACACGACAGGCCGUUUUGACACUAAAUAAACAUAAGAGGCAAAAAAACACCUUAACUUAUAAGACUAACUGUAAAAUAUCACCUAAAUGUUUUCUGUACAUCACAUAGAAAUAGGCCAAAUAUCAAAUCUAAUUAUAGACUGCAGCGAUCUUAAGAUAUAAAGCAAAAAAUCCGAACCUACCUCCAGCUAGACGGCGCCAUUUUUCUUGCCCUGAGAGGAAAGCGAACUAGUUCCAGCCCUAGUCCGCAACACAGCUAAACCAGAGAGCGUGUAUGAGCGUUUCAACGCCCUGGUUCAAAACAAGCCAAGGGCUCCGCCGUGACAGAAACAACGUUGAAUUCCUCGAAAGACAUUUCAUAACGAAAAACUUUCGUUUGUCUACAAAAGGAAAACUGAACAUUCUUUUGAACUCCCUCUUUCCAUUUGUGGCUUUUAUCAGCUUUUUUUCAAUUCUAAGGGGUUGACCAUUUGACUUUUGUUCGGGGUAUGGGUGAUUUUAUAGUUUGUGUAAGAACUUUUUCCCAUACCUCUGGAGUUACGAAUAUUUUCCCCGACAAAUAACGGUGUAAGAUUUUUUUUUCAGCAUUAUACGCCAUGAUCGAUAUUUAUUCAGCGUAUGAUAUUAUAUUCCCCAGUUAUUUCCUCGCCAGCUUUUUCUCCCCUCGAAAUCAGUAUGAAGGAUUCUUUUUUUUCUGAAAUCACCCUUAACUCUCUCAAAAGUCAAAAAAUCCAACAACCAUUUGCUCAGUAGACAAAUUCUGAUGUCAAUCAUUUCUAAAGCCUUUUGAAACAAUAGGGGACAAAACCCGAGGGGGAGGGAGGAAUUCAUUUCUACUUACCCUCACCCGGAAAGAACAUACGGACGUACGGUGACGACAUGAUCAAUUUUUUCGCAUCGAUAUGGUCUCCGCUCUCGCGCGCUAAGCGCGAGCGCUCGGAGGCUUCGCUAUAAACCUCUCGAGAAAAAUAAUAAAUGUCUUAUUGGACGGUUUAGUGUGUAGUAUCGUGGGAUAUUUUUACUGGUCUCGUAAAAAGGUCCCUCGAUGCUACACACUUAUCCGUCCAAUAAGAUAUUUAUGUAAUAACUGUUGCAGAAGCAGUACCUUCUUUCACCGAGGAACCAUUAAAUCCUUCACCAGUCAAUGAAGGGGGCAACAUAACUCUUCGUUGGACCUACGACAUUGACGGCACCUUUCGAGGUUCAGAAUUUAUAUUUCUACGUAAACGCCAAACAAUAGCAGCGAAAGAUAGCAACGGCUUGGCUGUAAAUGCUGCAUUCUCAGACCGUGUUCAAGUGUUUAUAUCAGAAAGUGAAGCAACUUUGACACUUCUUCAUGUGAACAGAUCAGACGAUGGAGAUUAUGUGCACCGGAUGUGGAAUUAUGUCUUGGGUCUUGCAGCAAGUGUUAUCAACGUCUUUGUCCAGUGUAAGUAG